AUGGGAAAUACUUCCCCCCCUCCGACAGGGCGAUGUAGAGGGAAAUGGGCACUUAGUCAUGGUCAAUCGCAGCUCACAGCAUAUAUCUGCUCCCAUCACCAGUGGCUUCGUCUCCUCUCCUUGGAACGUUUUACCCCUCCUCGUCUCAAGGGGGAGGGAUCCCUGUUAAGGAUAAGAGGGGGGAGGAAACAGAUGUGCAGGAAGCUAUAUAGCUGGUGUAUCAUGGGUCCGAGCAGGCUUCUUUGGGUGAACUCUGGGAACUUUCCCGACAGCGAUUACUCUUCACUGUUAAUUUGUCUGAUAAUUUCCAAUAAUCGUCUGUAG